CGAAACGUGAUGCGAUGAAUCCGAGAGAGACCGAAACUGGGACGAGGAGUGCGGCGGAAGCGGCGGGACUCCUGGGCAUGGGGGCUUCACCACAAUAGAGGCAGCAUCCCCACCCGCCCCCGCCAGCCCCUCUGGAGCAAAUCCCCCAAACCCCCUCGGGAAAAGGAUGGCGGCGGCACCUACCCAGAUCGAAGCCGAGCUGUAUUACCUGAUCGCUAGAUUCUUGCAGUCCGGACCCUGCAACAAAUCCGCUCAGGUGCUAGUGCAGGAGCUCGAGGAGCAUCAGCUUAUUCCGCGCCGCUUAGACUGGGAGGGGAGAGAGCACCGAAGAAGCUUCGAGGAUCUGGUGGCAGCCAAUGCACACAUUCCUCCAGACUACCUCCUUAAAAUUUGUGAGCGGAUUGGUCCCUUACUAGAUAAGGAGAUCCCUCAGAGUGUUCCUGGGGUACAGACAUUACUAGGUGUUGGUCGGCAGUCUCUGUUACGGGAUGCCAAAGACUGUAAGAGUACACUAUGGAAUGGCUCUGCUUUUGCAGCUCUACAUAGAGGCAGACCUCCAGAACUACCUGUAAAUUAUGUGAAACCUCCAAAUGUGGGUGAGUAA